GAUUGCGGAUUCUGCGCUGUCUGCUAAAGUACCGGGCGGGAUUUCCGCAAUACAUUCAGUAUGGCGAAGACCUACGAUUAUUUGUUUAAACUGCUGUUAAUCGGGGAUUCCGGUGUCGGGAAGACCUGUGUGCUGUUCAGGUUCUCGGAGGAUGCCUUUAACUCGACGUUUAUUUCGACGAUAGGUAUCGAUUUCAAGAUCAGGACAAUAGAACUAGAUGGCAAGAAGAUAAAGUUACAGAUAUGGGACACGGCAGGACAAGAACGAUUCCGAACGAUCACGACGGCAUAUUACAGAGGAGCAAUGGGUAUCAUGCUGGUUUAUGAUAUUACCAAUGAGAAAUCAUUUGACAACAUCAAAAACUGGAUCCGAAACAUAGAGGAGCAUGCAUCAGCAGAUGUAGAAAAAAUGAUUUUGGGGAACAAAUGUGACAUUAAUGAGAAGAGGCAGGUGUCCAAAGACAGAGGCGAGAAGCUGGCGUUAGAGUACAGCAUCAAGUUCAUGGAGACAAGUGCGAAGGCUAAUAUCAAUGUUGAGAACGCAUUCUUAACGCUCGCCAGAGACAUAAAAUCAAAGAUGGACACGAAAUUGGAGGGUAACAAUCCUCAGGGCAGCAACCACGGAGUGAAAAUUACCCCUGAACAGCAGAAAAAGAGCAGCUUCUUUCGUUGUGUGCUACUGUGAAGACCAAGGCCUUACUGUCCGCCGCCAAUGGGCUGGACACGACUGGACUAUGCUCUCCUCCUUAGCACUCCUCCUCCUUCCUCUCUUCUCUCCUUCUCUGUCGCGCUCUACUUCCAGCCCUAGGACAGUCGGAGUUCCUGGCUCCUCUCAUCAUCUUCCAUUGACAGAUUAGCGAUGCCGCUUAUGACCCUUCCCUGGCGAAAGAAAGCAUUGGUUCUACAAGUCAAGGCGAAGAGCCGGUUACUGAUGCAUCGCCGUAAACGCGCACCUAAAGAAGAUCCCGUACCUCCAUCUUUGUUUCCAUCGCUCGUUUUGAGCGCACAACUGCCAAAAUCGAUCCAUUCCUUCAUGGCGACCUGGAAGUACUUGUGAUUGUGAUUCUGGGUCUGGCUGCAGAGCGUGAUCUAACAUUGAGCCAAUUUGAGAGUUCCGUGGGGCGAUCUUUAUCAUUCCAUUUUAUUUUCGGCGCAUUCUUCGACAAUCACAUGACCUUAUUGUAAGUAGAGGAAUAUUAUAACCCACCUCUUAGAUGCUUCAAUUUUUUUUUUUUUUUUUGUUCCCAGUUUUAUUUUUCACACUGAUCAUUCACACAAUUGGUGCAGUCAAGGUUUCACAAACAUGGCUAAUGAUAUUUUCAUAUUAAACAAAUGAAGAUCCUGCUUUUUAUUCAUCAAGACGUGUUUACUUCCUCGUUAAAUCUAACCUCCCUUUUUUUUUAACAUGCACAUGAAGCUAUUUCCAAAUAGUUCAGCCUUUUAUGCAGUAGCGCUAGCUUUCUUUUUAAUAAUCCUUUGCAUAAAUCCAAAACUCAGGUCUUGCUUUAUUUUGACCUGAAAACGUCCCAUCAUGAAAGUGCAACACUUGAAUUGAAUCUACUAGAGUAUACUCGAAUGAAACUGACUCAUAGCCCUUGAAAGGAUGAGGAAUUCCUGAGUUUGUAGUAUUAAUUAUGCGUAACCAAAAGCAAUGAGAAAGGGUGACUGUGACCUGAAAAGCAGAGCUAUACUUGAGAAAGCACCUCCCGUACAGACGUCCAUGCACUUUAUCAGUAUCCUUUGUGUUGUGUGUAGUUUGUGCCAAGUGAUAGUUUUGCAUCAUAAAGACAGGCGUUUUAACAUGGUUACAUGGAGUAUGACCUGCCGAAUUCACGUUAGUUUUAAGAGUAAGGCGUUUUCAGUUUCAACCCAAGCGUUCUUUGCAAGGACUAUUUCUACACCAGUCUUUCCCUGAUAGUAAGCCAAAGCUAGUUUUAUGCAUUGGCUUCUAUUGAUGCAGUUUGAAUCAGUUGUUCAUUUGUUCAUAUGUCUGGAGUGUUAUGAAUAGUUUGGGUGGCACAGUGCAAAAACAAAACGGAUUUGGUUCACAUGACUAGGCUUAACUACCCAGAAUACCGUAAUCCACCAUUCCUGAUUUCAGAAUAGUGUGUUGUCAUAAGCACAUGCUUAUAAUUAAUGCAAGAAAUGCAAUGCUCGAGUUGUACAGCCCUUCAAAGACAAAUCUCAGUAGUUGCACUUGUUUUUGUAGUGGUUUGAUAUGAGUUUUCACACUGAUUUCUCUCAAUUUGAUCUUGCACUCUAAAAAAUGCUGGGUUGAAAA